AUGGACAGACCAGCAAAGAGAAUGAAAAUCUCAAACCCAGAUAUCCGGAACCCUCGAGAUACGGGCUCGAGAAUGACUGAGGGUCUAUUUACCUCUGAACAAGGCAUCCGUGGUGGAGAUCAGGACCACGGAGCCCGUCCCACACGUACCAUUAGCCUCAGCGAGUUCCAAAAACGAAACAAAUACAGCAACUACCAACACCUACGGCCCAUUCUUCCGCGAAGAAAUGCUGGCAUCUAUUUACUUCCUCGUGCCCCUGAUGCCACCGUCACCGCAAGUGUGAUUGAAGUCAACGUGAAUGAUGGAACAUCCACCUCCAAAGUCACAGAGAUUCCUGCUGCAACCACCGGCACUGUUGUAGAACUCUCGGAUGUCGGUCAAGUAACUGUUCCCGGAGUUGCCAGUGCUACCGAUGCAACGGGUACAACUACUACCUCAUCUGGCACAAUCACGACCUCAUCUAUAACACCUCCGCCAAGCUCCUCAACCACAUCUACAAGCUUGAGUCCUGCCGGCUCAGUGCUCUCAGACGCACUCAAUAGCACCACUACUCUCUCUGAUACGUCUUCCCAGGAGCGAACAGUUACUAUAACAGCAACGUCUACCUUUGAAGUGUCGUUGAUCAAUGGCACCGUGAUCGUAACCGGGACUUCAAAGGACACUACAAUCACAAAAACAGGUACGAAUAUUGUCACGGCCUCUCGAAGUUCAAGUUCUGCCGAAUAUACCUUCAAUCAACUGGACCCUGGAGAAAUCACAACAACUGGCUACCUAUCCAGUUACAGCGUUGAAUCGACAGAUUAUUUCACAGGUGCUGUUAACACAGGCAUAGCUGGCUCCCCAACAGCCUCAUCGCCUUCAUCAGCUACCUCUGAUUCGGACUCUGGUAGUAGCGGUCCAGGCCUAACUCCGAAGCAGCAGACAGUCGUUGGUGGUGUUGUUGGAGGCGUAGCUGGAGUUGCUCUAGCCCUAGUCGUUGUACUGUUUGUUCUCAGAUGGUACCGUCGUCAUCUCAAGGCUCGAGGAGAGCUUCCAGAACAAAUUGCAGCCCGCGAUCUUGCUGGUGGUACUGGCCCUUCUUACCCGAUGUCUCAACGCUCAUCCACCGUCCCGUUUGCUGCCGCUGUAGCCCACAACAUACGACGUCUGAGACCUCACAGCAAUCAAACCGUGGACACCGCUAUCACCGCUACGACUGAUCUGAGUGCUCGGGAUUCGGAGCGUGGAUUCCAGAGGAUUGCUGGUCGGAAAAUCGCGCCUGUCCUGGGGAGUGGUGGUGAUCCCUACGGGGGCAAUUAUGGUGCCUUUGAGAAAGAAAUCGGUGCAAGCCAUGAGACUCCUCCAGGUGACAAAGGUAGAGGUCUUUCGGGCGCAUCAUUCUACCGAGACAGUGAUGGAUUUCACGGUGGAAAUGGAACGCACUCGCCGACAUUCCCACCAUCUCCAACAAUUGCAACGAGUGAAGCUAGAACAGGCGAUGUUGCUACCACCGUUGGUUCUGCAUCCAGCACUCGAGAUUUUGCCAGACCUACCUUUCCAACCGCACUUAAAAGUGGCAGUCAGCUAUCAUUGACUUCCCCGAGCAAGCCCGAUGGAUUUGCCGUCAUGCGACCCAGCCCCGCCAGAACCCCUGUCACCUUGAGUCCAGCUGCCAGUUCAAUUCGUCUACCAAUUCAGCAGGCCCCGACACUAGACGAGAACGCGCCUCCAUUGCCAAUGAAUGUUCCUAUCCUUGGGAUGCAUAGAGAUGCUGUCGGCAGAAGUCUUGCUAGUCAAGAUGGGAGUCGUGUAAGUAAGAGCAGUGGGAGAAGUGCUGGAAGAUUUGUGGAGAACAUGUAA